GCUCGUGGGGGAGAAGAAAAAGGCUCGCUAUUGAGACCCGAGAAAGGAAGACGCAUUGACACUCCACCGGCAUCAUUUUUGACCGAAAGCCACCGAGAACGCCGAAUUGAGAACACGCUUACCGGCAAGUGUUUCCAGUGCAAGACGCCCAGAUGGAUAACAGAAACACUGAGGAGAAGCCAGUCCAGCGGUCCAAGUCUUUCAGCUUCAAGACUCAGAAGGAAGUGUGCUCAUCCUGCGAGAAGACGGUCUACCCCAUGGAGCGGCUGGUGGCCGACAACCAGGUCUUCCAUUCCACGUGCUUUUGCUGCAAGCACUGCAACACCAAGCUCAGCUUGGGAAGCUUUGCUGCCCUGCAAGGCGAGUUCUACUGCAAGCCUCACUUCAAGCAGCUGUUCAAGAGCAAAGGCAACUACGACGAGGGCUUCGGACGUAAGCAGCACAAAGAGCGCUGGGCCACCAAGGAGACAGAAAACAUAACCAAGACGGCGUGAAAACAAAAAACGGCCCCCGAGCUUAAAUUUGUACGUUUCCUUUUUUUUUUUCUCCUCCCAAAUUGGCCAUAACUCACACCACUGUUUUGUUCUUUCAUUUUAUUCCAAGCUAGUUGAUUGUGACCAAAAACCUUCUCGGCUGCGGCGAGGGGGAAACGUUACGAUGCCGUAAUUGUUUUGGUUCUUAUUGUUGUUACUGUUAUGAAUGGUUUGCACCUAUUUAAUCAUGUCAGCAGGCACACCAUUUGACACACAUGUACACACACACACACGCACACACAGACACACACUCAGGUCAACUAUCCAGGCUCUUUAUUGGCAGUGUCACCCAAGGAUUUUAUACAAAAAUGUUACAAUAAUGAACCCCAGCGCUCCCAAGCGCCUGACGGGGAUCAAACAGGGUACUGUAAUGUUACCUCGCAUCUUUUCUUUUACUUUAUUUUUUAAUUUUUAAUUUUUUUUUUUGUUUGGUUUGCAUUUUUUUUCUUUUUUUUUAAGUGUCGACUGUCUUUAUUGCAUGUGGUCGGUACGAGUGGGUCCCAACGGCCUUAAUUUUAACCACUGGAUCAGCCUUUGUCAUAAUUAUUUUAAAUUUUGUUUCCAAGCACUUGGAUUGCUUGUUUUGUGAAUUUAUCUGUACAUAGCGCUGUGUUUUUUGUGAUUCGUGAAUACCCCUCCCCCACUUCCCACCAAUUGCUCCGAGUCACCGAAAACACCCACACAUUUGUGCCAUCUGUCACUUGAAUCAUUCCAAUCAUGUGAAAAUCCUUUCCGUUACCCUUCCCCAACCCAGUGUUUGCCAACCUUUUCAAUAGAAAAAUCACACAGCUCACCACCCAAAUGUCACAAAAUGCAGGUGGUAGUGUAAGCAUUUAAUGUUUCUGCACGUCAGUAUACAUGACAGGCAUAGAAAGGUGAACAAGAUCCUGCCCUAGCCCGUUGGCACCUGGACCUAUUCCUUCAUGAAGUGGUGCCCCCUCCCUAAAAUGAGUCGUGCAUGCUGCAUGUGACAACCGGUUCAGAGCGCCCCCUGCUGCUGACACGUUGGCUCGUCUGAAGAAUAGUUAACCGUAUGAAUUUUGAAAAAUGCCUUUUUCGUCAACGUUGCCUCCGUGUGCGGUCUCCAUUUCGAUUGAUCGCCAAUUGAAUAUGAUUUUAAUAUCUUGUAAAAAUAAAAACGCAUUUUAGGGACAUGAGUGACACUUGAAUGACUCGGUUGAUUUUGUUACUGUGAAUCGAGCAUGCUGCGACCAAUAAAACAGAUUGAUAGUUGCAUUUUUUAAGAGAAGCCUUAGAACAGUCCAUAUUCUGAUCAUGCCUUUUCCAAAAGCAGACUACUCACUCCACAUUCCCCCUCAACCAGCAGCCCCAAUCACGCCUCCACAAAAUAAUGUAUAAAACUUCUAACUCUGCUGUUACAUACAUAAGUUUGUAUGUGUGUGAGAUGACUUUUUAAUCCUUGAAUGCUUUAAAAUCAACAUUUAUGUGGAAAAUGUCUUUUGUUUUGUUUGUUGGUUGUCAGUCGCCAAGGUACAGCAUCUGUGAACGUCACUCUGGUCAGGUGAUUGACGGAAUUUAAAAAAAAUGAAAAUUGUCAAUUUGUCCUCUCGGCUUUUUAUCUUUGAAACGUAUGGCUCUUUUUGACCAUGUAAUUUUUAUUAUUUUUUUCCAUUACGCACAUUUGACCUGUGGUUUGAGGUGGCCUUAAAACAAGAACGCUCAGACUUUACUUUGCAGUCUUCUUUCUCUUCUCUUGUUUUUAUUUAACUUUCUAUUACAUUUAAAGCGCCCCUCAUUCUUCGCCUCGAUGUUUUGAACAUU